CACGUCAGAGCCGCCUUCCUCCCCUUGUGGCGUUUACACCUGUGGUGGGCUCUGUUGUUUUCACCUCCGUUACAGUUGAGGAAACUGAGGCGUAGCUCUUAAGUGGCUUGCCUUGCGUUACCCAGGAGGACUUCUGUGAGCAGCCUCCAUGAGGCCCUGGACCAGUGCAUGAUCGCCCUGGACCUCUUCCUCACCAACCAGUUCUCAGAAGCACUCAGCUACCUCAAGCCCAGAACCAAGGAGAGCAUGUACCACUCGCUGACGUAUGCCACCAUCCUGGAGAUGCAGGCCAUGAUGACUUUUGACCCUCAGGACAUCCUUCUGGCUGGCAACAUGAUGAAGGAGGCACAGACGCUGUGUCAGAGGCACCGGAAGAAGUCCUCUGUAGCAGAUUCCUUUAGCAACCUGGUUCACCGCCCCACGAUGGACCAGUUCACGGAAGAGGAAGUCCAUGCUGAGGUCUGCUAUGCGGAGUGCCUGUUACAGAGGGCAGCUCUGACCUUCCUGCAGGAUGAGAACAUGGUGAGCUUCAUCAAGGGCGGCAUCAAAGUUCGAAACAGCUACCAGACGUACAAGGAGCUGGACAGCCUUGUGAAGUCCUCACAGUACUGCAAGGGAGAGAACCACAGACACUUUGAAGGAGGUGUGAAGCUUGGUGUGGGAGCCUUCAACCUGACGCUGUCCAUGCUUCCUACCAGGAUCCUGCGGCUGUUAGAGUUUGUGGGAUUUUCAGGAAACAAGGACUACGGGCUGCUGCAGCUGGAGGAGGGCGCAUCGGGGCACAGCUUCCGCGCUGUGCUCUGUGUCAUGCUGCUGCUCUGCUACCACACCUUCCUCACCUUCGUGCUCGGUACCGGGAACGUAAACAUCGAGGAAGCAGAGAAGCUCCUGAAGCCCUACCUGAGGCGAUAUCCUAAGGGUGCCAUCUUCCUGUUCUUUGCAGGGCGGAUUGAAGCCAUUAAGGGCAAUGUUGACACAGCCAUCCAGCGGUUCGAGGAGUGCUGUGAGGCCCAGCAGCACUGGAAGCAGUUCCACCACAUGUGCUACUGGGAGCUGAUGUGGUGCUUCACGUACAAGGGCCAGUGGAAGAUGGCGUACUUCUAUGCCGACCUGCUCAGCAAGGAGAACUCCUGGUCCAAGGCCACCUACAUCUACAUGAAGGCCGCCUACCUCAGCAUGUUUGGAAAAGAGGAUUACAAGCCGUUUGGGGAUGAUGAAGUGGAGCUGUUCAGAGCAGUGCCUGGCCUGAAGCUCAAGAUUGCAGGGAAAUCUCUACCUACAGAGAAGUUUGCUAUCCGGAAGUCCAGACGCUACCUCUCCCCCAAACCGAUCUCGUUGCCAAUCCCUGCUCUGGAAAUGAUGUACAUUUGGAAUGGCUAUGCUGUGAUUGGGAAGCAGCCGGAACUCACAGACGGGAUACUUGAGAUUAUCACCAAGGCUGAAGAGAUGCUGAAAAAGGGCCCAGAGAAUGAGUACUCAGUGGAUGAUGAGUGCUUGGUGAAGUUGCUGAAAGGCCUCUGUCUGAAAUACCUAGGCCGUGUCCAGGAAGCUGAGGAGAAUUUCAGGAGCAUCUCUUUCAAUGAAAAGAAGAUUAAGUAUGAUCACUACUUGAUACCAAACGCCCUGCUGGAGCUGGCCCUACUGUUUAUGGAGCAAGGCAGAAAUGAAGAGGCUGUCAAACUUUUGGAAACUGCCAAGCAAAACUACAAGAAUUACUCCAUGGAGUCAAGGACACAUUUUAGAAUCCAGGCAGCCAUACUCCAAGCCAAGUCUUCUCUAGAGAAUGGCAACAGAUCCAUGGUCUCAUCAGUGUCCUUGUAGUUUUAUGCAGCACUCCAGGCUGGAAGACAGAAACAGCUGGACAGAGCUCCUGGAAACAUUUCAACAACAUCCCCUCCCCUGCCCUGCCUUUGGGGUCCACCGGUGCUCCAGUGGGAUAGCAUGACAUAGGUAUCCAUGCAGAAGGGAAGCCGGCAUUUUCACCAGUGUGGCCAAGGGCCUUUACCAAGGACAGAGCAGGUGGAGUCCUCUGCCUGCCCUAUCACACAUACGGGUACUUGUUUUUCACUGUGAUGUUUAAGAGAAUGUAUGAACAGUUUACAUUUUCCUUAGAAAUAUUAGUGGGAUCACAGUUGGCUUUAAAAACAAAAACAA